AAACAAGCCACCGCACAGCAGGUACACGAGAGGAAGGAAAGAGGCGAUGGCGACCAUGGCCGGGCGCUACUGCUGCAGCUACUACAGCUCGCCCUCUGCGCCGCCGCCCCAGCGGCAGCGCGGGCCUCCGCUGCAGCUGCAACCGGCGGGAGGACGAGGACGGGGACUCCGGCGACCGAGCCUACGGGCGGUCGCGUCGGCGGCGGCGGAGCCCGUGAAGGCGGCCACGGACGCCGAGUUCUUCCAGCCCGCCGACUCGAGGCCUAUCAUGCUCUUCGACGGCGUGUGCAACCUGUGCAACGGCGGCGUCCGGUUCGUGCGGGAGCACGACCCCGGCCGGAGCAUCAGGUACGUCCCCCUCCAGAGCGACUCCGGGAGGAAGCUCCUGCGCCGGUCCGGCAGAAGCCCCGACGACAUCUCCAGCGUCGUCCUCGUCGAGAAGGACAGGUCAUACAUCAAGUCUGAUGCCGUGCUGAGGAUAAUGGAGUACCUGAACCUGCCGUUCCCGCAGCUCGCCGCGUUCCUCAAAAUUGCCCCCCUGUUUGUGAGGGACUUCGCCUACGACAACGUCGCGAACAACCGGUAUGUGGUGUUCGGCCGGUCAGAGACAGAAUCAUGCGAGAUACUCUGAAUUGCUGCCACAGAUAGCACCUCGGUGCUCCUGCUUAUAUAUUAUAGAUAGAAGAAUGGCCAUACAUUGAGAAGUUGUAGGCAUGACAGAUAUGAGAUGGCAUGAACCACCAUCAUAUUACAACCAAUCCAAUUUUAGCACUGCUA